AUGGCGUCCGAGGAGCCUUUGUUUGACCCUUCUCUGAAAAAGCGCAAGAAGAAGACCGUCGCGUUCUCCGAGGACCCUCUGGGUGCUGAUGCCGAUCCCACCACCCCCGCACCUGCCGAUAUCGACAAUGUCACCACGAAUGGGGACAAGGUCGACAUGGGCCCUACGACCGCACACGAACUUAUGAAACAAAACGAAACCACUGGCGAGGAGGCGGAGAAGAAGGAGGAGGAUGACCUGAAAGCUAUGUUCGGGGACCUCAAGAAGAAGAAAAAGAAGAAGGACAUUCCGCUCGACCUUGCUGAGGACAACUCCGGCACCUCCACACCCGUAGUGGCGGCAGCACCAUCUGAGGAUCUGGACUUCUCCGAUCUCAAGAAAAAGAAGAAGAAAUCGUCGAAGAAGGCUGCUCUUGACCUGGAGGCGUUCGAGAAAGAGCUCAACCAGUCGAAGACGCAGGAAGCUGAGGAGGAUGAGGGCGGAGAUGAGGGUGCUGUGCCGGAACUCGACGAGGGAGAACUGGGCGACGAUCCAUUCGCGGGAACGGGAGGUGGAGAAGCCGCUGUGGGCCUCGACACCGGUAGCGAGCCUUGGCUCAAGAGUGACCGCGACUACACAUAUGAGGAACUCCUCCACCGCUUCUACGCCCAACUCCAUGCAUCCAACCCCGCCCUCCUCACCUCCGUCGGCAAGCGGUACACGAUCGCGCCUCCACAACUUCUUCGUGACGGCAACAAGAAGUCCAUCUUUGCCAACGUCUCCGAUAUCUGCAAACGUAUGCACAGGCAGCCGGAGCACGUCAUUCAGUACAUGUUCGCCGAGAUGGGUACCACCGGCUCUGUGGACGGUUCCGGACGUCUUGUCAUCAAGGGUCGCUUCCAGCAGAAGCAGGUGGAGCACGUUCUGCGUCGGUACAUCGUCGAGUACGUUACGUGCAAGACGUGCAAAUCCCCGGACACGAUCCUCACGAAGGAGAACCGUAUCUUCUUCAUGGCGUGCGAGUCGUGCGGGUCGCGGCGCUCCGUCAACGCGAUCAAGACCGGUUUCCAGGCGCAGGUCGGGAGGAGAAGCAAGAACAAGACGGGCUGAGGGACGGCGCGCCCUUGCGGCGUGGCUGUAUCGGUCCAUUCCCGCUGACAUUACACUGUAUCAUGUUGUGUACACCACGAUCGCAUGUAUCGCAUUGUUUCCCACUCACGCAUAGCCACAGGGCUAAUAUCUAG